ACUCUGGCCAGGCUAGAUACAAACAAUCAGCUGCCUCCCAUUUUCCUCACGCUUCACAGCCGCGUCCCCUAUCCCAUUCUCUACCCUCCCACAGCCGCCAUCAUCUGCCUCGCCUCCAGCCCCCGUCGGGCCGCCGCUCGCCUCCCGUCGGUCAAUCUCCACGCCGGUUAUACAGCCGCUUACCAAACGCUGCUCGCCGCUCAUCUGGACAGGUUCCCCCCCCUCGACAGCCACGACGGAUCACCUCCCCUAUAGCUCAUCCCGUUGCUUGCCCCAACUCACAGCCACUGGUCCCGAUCUACAUAUGUUUUCGCAGCUCGCCUCUCUCUUGUCCCGAUCUGUAAAUAUUCCUCUCCUACAAGCUAAUUUUACAACUUUGAAUUCUCGGUUCAAGGGCUUCCCGAUCAGCUUCAAUGGCAUUAUGUCUUUAAACCUGGUGGAGGCUAAAAUUGUUAGUUUUUUUUAUAUUUGAGCUUUUGGACUUCAACUUUUAUAUAGGGAUUGAUCUAUUAAGUAGAAAUGGAAGCCAAGAUCGCAAAGGUAUUGGAUAGUAGUUGUCAUAGAGUUAUGCUUGGUCUGAAGAGAAAACGAGCAUCCCGUUAUGGGGCAUAUUUUGCUGAAGCUUCCCGCACUAUGUCACCUGAGUGGCCAGCUGUGCAUUUUUCAAGCCAUAAGUCUGGGAAACGGAGGAGACUAAGUGCAAGUCGAAGCAAGCUUGUUGGCUGUGGGUGUCAUUUUAGAAGAUCUUUGCUCCGUUGUUAUUCAAAUUUUAUGAGGACUGGGGUGCCACAGCGUAUUAUGUUUUAUCAGAAUGGUGAAUGGACUGAUUUUUCUCAGGAUCUUGUUGCUUUGGUUUGGAAGGACCUUCAAGAGAAAAGACCAGCUAUCGAGGUUGAAUUAGAGGGCCGUCCUUACAUGCUAGAUCUCUUGCAUAUGUUUAGAGUGGACAUGAAUACAGGUUUUCAGCAACCGAUUGCUUGGAUUGACAAAGAAGGUGCCUGCUUCUUUCCAGAAAUUUAUAUUGAUAAUGAGGAGCGACAUGAUUUCUGCCAACAUAAUUGUGUAAAUGACCAAGGACCAAUCUUUGGAAAGUCUAAUGGGCCUCAUGAGAUAAAACUGCAGCUGGAAAUUGACAUAAAUGGACUUGAUCAUCAUCAAUCUAAGUUAGAGUGUAGCGGAGAGUCGGAUGCUUUUGUCAAGCAUAUUGAAAUUGCUCAAAAUUCUAAGAGUGUAAAUGUUGUAGAAGUUGAGGAAAGUCGCAGCAGGAAGACUGGUGGAAAAAUUAAUGAAGCUUUCGAGGAAAAUCAACAUAUUAAAGACAAUGUAUCCACUGGAAUUGAAUAUAUUAAUGAAAAGAUGGAUUCUGAUACUGUCCGAAAUAUGUUUCUCACAGGCAUGAAGUCUUUUAGUGGUGCUGACAUGCUUGAUAUUCGUCGGUGCUCUAGUGAUUCGAUGCAAGCCCGAUUGGAGAUUUUCCAAAAGCAGAUUGAACUAACAAAAAGGUGUCGUGGUGAUGCCAAUGUUCAAUAUGCUUGGCUUGCUACCUCUAAAGGAUUAUUAUCUACAAUCAUGUUGUAUGGACUUGGACAUUGUGGACCGUCUGCAACUAAGUCCAAAUAUGGCAUUGGUGUUCAUCUCUUUGCAGCAAACUGCUGUCAAACCAGUGCAAAAUUUUGUGAUGUUGACGAAAAUGGAGUACAACAUAUGGUAUUUUGUCGUGUUAUAAUGGGAAACAUGGAGCUUGUUCAGCCUGGGAGUCAACAGUGUCACCCCAGUAGUGAGAAUUUUGAUAGUGGUGUUGAUGAUCUUGAAAAUCCAAGACAGUAUAUAGUAUGGAUUAUGAAUAUGAAUUCCCAUAUUUAUCCGGAAUUUGUUGUUAGUUUCAAGGUCUCUUCCAGUUCUGAAGAUUUUUCUCCCCCAAUAGGAAUUUUGGCUGGAAUUGAAAUGAAACAUGCUGUUUCUGGCAUUACGGCAUCUUCACAAGGUGCUCAGCGAAUUUUACCAAUUGAAUCUUCUACCGUUGGUCUAAACCUGCCAACAGAAUCCCCUACAGUUGAUUUGAAUGUGCAAAUGGAGUCUCCUGUCUCUGAUUUGGGAAUUGAAGGCCGACCAGAAUCUGGGGGAUCACUUGAAAAAGCUUCAAGUCUUGGUUCAAGCAGCACAAGGACUCCUAGAUCCCCUUGGAUGCCUUUCCCUAUGUUGUUUGCUGCAAUCUCAAAUAAAGUUCCUCGUAAAGACAUGGAAUCUGUAACUACUCACUAUGAACUAUUCCAGGCAAAGAAGAUAAGUAGGGGAGAUUUCAUCAAAAGGUUGAGAUUGAUUGUUGGAGAUGCUUUACUGAAGUCGACGAUAACAAGUCUUCAGUGCAAGGUACCAUUGAAGUGUGUGGUGGAAACACCCAAGUCAACUAAGGAAGGCUCUAGUGGGCUUUGAUCAAUCAAGGUGGGUGGUGGUCUGUCUAUCUGCUGCAUUGGAAUUUUAGGUAAAGCUUGUUUAUGUGCUUGAAUGUGUCGACAUGAAGUUAGUGAAUAAUAAUAUGCGACUGUCUUUAGAUUUGUAGGUUUAGUUAUAUUGUUAAACAACUGGGUUUCUUCUAUUUUCUUUUUGUUACUGAAUGUGUUGUGACUUGUUGAACUGAAACAUGAUAGUGUAUGGAACCGCAUGCCUUGCAAGAGUUACAGUGGUCGUUCUGUGCUAA